CAUGUAGCAUACGAUACGAUACGUGCGUCACAUAUAUACACGUAGAGUACGUACGGUCGUCGAUCAGAGGAAGAAGUAGCUGCGCUAGCUUGAUCCAUCUCGCCGGCCGACACACCACCACGUACGAUCUUAACAAUCCUUGCCGAGUUGUCGGUAGGGUAGGGGCGGCGGUGGACGGUCGAUCUGCAUGCAUGGCCACCUUUCGACUCGCCUUCUCCAAGGCUGCAAGGCAUCUUGCGAGGUAUCGACCGGCAAAUGUAGUCUACAAUGAGGUAGCUGCUUCGGCGGCGGCUUCAGUUCCUUCUUUCAGGGCACCUGCUGCAAAUGCACCGUCUGGAGCAGGUAGUCUGCUUAGAAAUCUACAGCAGAGGUACCGUUCAAGCUCUGCUGGUCAGAGGGCACGGGGCGUGCACUCUGGCGCCACAUCUCUUUUUAAACAGACUCAUAGCAGCGAUACAGAAAGAGUUAUGCAGAACUUCCGAAAGCUAAAUCGAGGAAUUUCAAGUGCAGCAAGGGAGGAAGGGCGUGUUCUUGGAACAGCCAGUGCACCCUACUACGUAAUAGAGAAAAGCCUACUUAAAAAACAGCUUCUGCGUACCGCUGGAGGCCUUGUAGUUACUGGCGUUGUAAUCUGGGCCUUUGAAAUGAUGGAGGACAUUGAUGUUCGUAAGUUUGAAGGUUUGAAAGAAGUGCCUAAGGAUUUGAUGAACACCAAGUUAAGUGAUGUAAAGGGGGUUGAUGAAGCCAAAGCUGAGCUUGAGAACAUAGUUCACUACCUACGAAAUCCCAGUAGAUUCAACCGCCUUGGUGGCAAGCUUCCAAAGGGCAUUUUGCUUGUGGGCCCACCUGGCACAGGGAAGACCAUGUUGGCAAGGGCUGUGGCUGGGGAAGCCGGCGUCCCUUUCUUUGCGUGCAGUGGCAGUGCUUUCGAGGAGACUUAUGUUGGUGUUGGUGCUAAGAGAGUGAGGGAGCUCUUCCGUGCAGCAAAGAAGCGAGCUCCUUGCAUAAUAUUCAUCGAUGAACUUGAUGCCGUUGGUGGGCGCAGAAACGCACAAGAACCAUCGUGGUCAAAGCAGACUCUGAACCAGCUGCUUGUUGAGAUGGAUGGCUUCAAGCAGAAUGAAGGGAUCAUCGUGAUCGCAGCAACCAACUUCGCUGAGUCGCUAGAUGACGCCCUUGUCAGGCCUGGGCGUUUUGACCGUCAAGUUCGUGUUCACCUUCCCGAUGUUGUGGGCCGAAAGCAGAUCUUGGAGGCUCACAUGUCAAAGGUGCAGAAAGGCAUUGGUGUGAAUGCGAUGACCAUCGCGAGGGGGACGCCUGGGUUCUCGGGUGCAGACCUUGCAAAUCUAGUGAAUGAAGCCGCUCUCAAGGCUUCCAGGGAUGGGGCAUAUGCUGUUAGGAUGGAUGACCUUGAGUACGCCAAGGACAAGAUCAUCAUGGGCACUGAGCGCAAGUCGGCGGCGAUAUCUGAUCAUUCCAAGAAGAUGACCGCGUACCACGAGGGUGGGCACGCCCUCGUUGCUAUCCUCACGGACGGUGCCGACCCUGUUCACAAGGCCACCAUUUUGCCCAGGGGAAAUGCUCUCGGCUUGGUGGCGCAGAUUCCGGGGGAAGACAGCGAGCUCGAAGUAUCGAGGAAGCAAAUGCUGGCGAGGCUGGAUGUCCUCAUGGGAGGGCGGGUGGCCGAGGAGCUUAUAUAUGGAGAAGCUGGGAUCACGACCGGUGCCUCAUCCGACCUAAACCAGGCGACCCAAUUGGCGAAAGACAUGGUCACCAAGUAUGGUAUGAGCAAGCGGGUCGGCCUCGUGACCUACAGCGACGACAACGCUGUUAGCGGUGGUGGCAAGACGAUGACCAUGAGCGGGCCAACGAUGACCCUGGUUGACGAGGAGGUGAAGGCAUUGUUGGACAACGCUUACAACAACGCGAAAACGAUUCUCACGAAGCACCGCAAGGAGCACCAAGCGGUAGCAAACUCCCUCCUGGAGCAUGGGACUCUCACUGGUGACCAGAUGAGGAAACUAGUAUUGAAGCGAGGUUUUAUGUCUUGACAAUUGUGAUCGGGAUCGGGGAACACCUUCUUGGCCAGUGGAGAUGCAUACAUGAAGAAGUGUUGUUUUUUUCCUGAUACUUCUGUUGCGUGUACACGAAAUGUAAAGAGCGAUGCGCAGGGUCUGGAUUUCCUCUGACUUUUGUUUCUCAGGUGUGAAGAGAAACUUGUGCAUAUUGUGUUCUGAAUCAGUAAAACUUGUGGCUUCGGUCUUAAACAACAUCUGAGAUUUACUCUGCUUUGUCUCUUAUUCUCUGCUUUUCUGUAGGUCGCU